CGCCUUCUCGUUUUCAGAGGUGGAGGCCACGACCAAUCCGCAGAGGCCUUGGUGGAAGUCGGCGUGACGACAACUCCUCCAUUCCGGUUCUGCGUGGAUGGGAAGCCCCGGGUAGCCGACACCACGUCCCCGGCUAGGAUUACUCCAAACUGUUUAAAUUCAUCGGCUCCUGCUUCCAUCCUUUCUCCUGAGGUAGACCCAACAAGCCUAGGGAGUUGGGCUACGGAAAAACUAGUGUUUUCAUUUAAUUGGAUAUGAAGAAAGAACAAAUAUGUUACGGGGGCAACCACGAUCUUUAUAAAGAACAUAAGUUCCAGGAAAGCAGGAACCUUGUCUCUUGUUCACUGGUGUAUCCUCUGCAUAUAGAACAGUGUCUGGCACAAAAUAGGUGCUGAAUUUUGUUUUAGAUACUUCCAUGAAAACAUACCUUGUAUAUUUGAGUCAUCCACCCAGGUCUGGGUAAUUCAGUAGAACUCAAGAGGACAGAACCAGGUACCAACUGAGUGACCAUCAGUGUCAGGGCAAAGCUGGUGCCUGGACAAUACUCAUCAAUCAAGAAGCCUAAGAAAGAUUAUUAUUCAUUUGCAAAAAGUUGACUGGUAGAUCCUGUUGCCUCAUACCUAUAGAAACUAAAAUUAAGAAGUAGAAUUUUCCUGCAUCCUCUAGAACUAUCUAGAACAUAUCUAAACACCGGGAGGUUGCUUUCUAUUAAAUCGAAACUAUGAAGUCUAAGAACAGAUGUGCUGAGAAUCCAAGCUGUAGCAUAAUGAUAUUUCAUCCAACCAAAGAAGAGUUUAAUGAUUUUGAUAAAUACAUUACUUACAUGGAAUCCCAGGGUGCACACAGAGCUGGCCUAGCCAAGGUCAUUCCUCCCAAGGGGUGGAGAGCCAGAGAGUCCUAUGACAACAUCAGUGACCUCAUAAUAGCCACUCCUCUGCAGCAGGUGGUCUCUGGGCAGGCGGGUGUGUUUACGCAAUACCAUAAAAGGAAGAAAGCCAUGACAGUGGGCGAGUACCACCACCUGGCAAAUAGUAAAAAGUAUCAGACUCCUCCACACCGGAAUUUUGAAGAUUUGGAGAGAAAAUACUGGAAGAAUCGCCUCUAUGAUUCCCCAAUUUAUGGUGCUGACAUCAGCGGUUCCUUGUUUGAUGAAAACACAAAGCAGUGGAACCUCGGGUGCCUGGGAACCAUUCAGGAUCUGUUGGAGCAGGAAUGUGGAGUUGUCAUCGAGGGAGUCAACACACCCUACCUGUACUUUGGUAUGUGGAAGACCACGUUUGCGUGGCACACGGAGGACAUGGACCUCUACAGCAUCAACUACCUGCACUUUGGGGAGCCCAAAACUUGGUAUGCGGUGCCCCCAGAGCAUGGCCAGCGCCUGGAGCUCCUGGCCAGGGAGCUUUUCCCAGGCAGCUCCCGGAGCUGUGGGGCUUUCCUGAGGCACAAGGUGGCUCUCAUCUCACCCACAGUGCUCAAGGACAAUGGGAUCCCCUUCAGCUGUGUGACUCAGGAGGCUGGGGAGUUCAUGGUGACGUUUCCCUAUGGCUACCACGCUGGCUUCAACCAUGGCUACAACUGUGCAGAGGCCAUCAAUUUUGCCACCCCGAGGUGGAUCGAUUAUGGAAAAGUGGCAUCUCAGUGCAGCUGUGGGGAGGCGAGGGUCAGCUUUUCCAUGGAUGCUUUUGUGCGCAUCCUGCAACCUGAGAGGUAUGAGCUUUGGAAACGGGGUCAAGACCGGGCAGUAGUGGACCACAGGGAGCUCAUAGCUCCCCAGAAGCAGGAGCUGAUCCCUUGGAAGGAUGUCCGUGCAGCCAGGAGAGCUUCACUGGGCCUGAGGCACUUCAGGCUUCGCCAGGCCCUGCAACCCCCUCUGCACGUGGCCUCCCGCAGUGAGAUCUGUUGCCGCAGGAAUGUGCGUCGGUGUGGGCGUCCUCGUGGAUCUGGGCGACCACCUGCCAGAGACACUGCUGCCAGGUCCAGGGCCACAGCGCAAAGCUCCCAAGAGCUCAACAGAGCCCCACCACCCUCCCAGUGUCUGUCUGCUCCGGAUACCCACCUGUCACCUGGCAGACUUCGCCGUGGCCGUCCUCCCCGGCGACUAAGCGUUCAGGAGCCGAUCCACCAGGCCCUAGCCAAGAGGCGCAGGUCAGUGGUCAAGGAACACACCGCUCUGGAUUCAGAGCUUCAGUUGCAACCUGCGCACGGAGCUUUGAUGGUCAACCCUGUACCUAAGAGCCCUGGACUACAAUAUCUUGCUACAGCUUCAGAAUGUACCUUGACCUCUGACCGCUAAACUGAGGGGCUGCCUUCAUAGCCCACUACUCUGCUCUCUGGACGCUUGCUGAGGCCUGUCAUAGGUAACUCACUGAACUUUGAACCACUUUGCAGGACACUGAUCCAUGCAUAAGCAAAUGCUCCGGUGAUACCUCCAGAUGCUGCCCAGCCUGUGGCAAUUACUAAAUUUGCCAUAUUUGUCCUUCUUCCGAGACCUUGGGAUAUUUUUCAGCUCUGGUAACUUAUGCAUCUCAGCUGAGGGUUCAUCCACUGGACACUAUGUCUCAGAACUAGGUUCCACUAAGAUUGCUGGGAACCUGAACUUUGCUGGUCUCCCAUUCACUGGACCAACUGUCGAGGGUGCUGUACUUCCAGGGCUUUAGUUCUCCUUUACUUUCCUUACAUUUUCUCCCUCACCCUUACCUAUUUUUCUUGCAAACUGAGGCACUUUUGACCAAUUAGUUUAAUAGAGUCACAGAAAGGUUUGACCUUUGUAAGUUAUUGAUAUAUUUAAAAUGUGUUGUUACCAAGUAUUCAUAAAUAAAUU